GCCUACCCAUUAAUGCUGUGGCUUUUGAAGCCAUACAUGGGACACCUUGACAGCAGCAAGUAGCAGUUCAACAACAGGCUGAGCAAGUGCUGAAUGACUAUUGAGUAUGCUUUUGGCCGUUUAAAGGCCUGCUGGUACUGCCUAUAUGGGAAACUGGACCGGGCCAAUGACAAUAUUCCAAUUCUUAUAGUUGGGAAGAACAUCACUGGCAAUGCACCUUCUUUUCUGAUAUCUGUUACUAAAGAAAGCUGCCAGUUCCAGAAGAGACUCCUAAUAGGAGUAUAUAACAACAAUAUUUGGCUUAAGAAAGUAACAUUUGACAAAGCCAUGGCUACAGAUGAAAGGGACACUAAACAGAAUGUUCAGGCUGAGGUACUGGGUACUAAUGCUUCAGAGAAGAUCAAGUCUGGAGGUUUUCUGACUACAUCUGAAAUUGUAGGGAUGAUCAAUUUGUUUAAGAAACCUUACAAGAAAAGGGCAGGCAAAUUCCAGCCUUUCAAGAAGUUUUUUGGUAAAAGGAAAAAGAGAGACGGAACAUCAGACUGUGAGGAAGCCAGAUUGAAACCCAGCCACUCUUUCGGGAAUGUAUGCAAUGGCCUCUCUUCAGAUGAAGAAACAAACAAUGGUUUGAGGUCCUCCAACUAUACUAUGGGCACUCGAGCCUUUUCCCAUGACAGUAUUUUUAUACCUGACGGGCAAGCAGAGAAUGAGCAGGCAGUCCAAGCAAUGUCACAGGACAAAAUCCUAGGCAAAGUCAAAACCCUUCAGCAACAGUUGUCCAAGACUAUUAAAUUUGGACAACCACCACAAAUGACAAUUUCUGAGAGGACAAUGGAGGAGGCAAAUGCUAGUUUAGAAGAGGACUUGUUACUCAGCAGCCCAAUGGAGAUUGAGACUCAACAGGACACAGUGCUCUCAGACAGUGAUAAUAAAUUAAAUGACAAUCUGGACUCAUUAAACCCUAUGAGUGUGCCUGGGACAGGACAUGAAGUAGAGAAAAAGGUUACUCCAGUCAAAUCGUCUCGGUCAAAAAGAUACAUUUCCUCUGGUGGCACAAUUGAAUCAAUCAAUCUUGAUGCAGUCCCCCAGGCAGUUGCUCGUCUUGACAACAGCGCGGCUAAGCACAAGCUCUCCAUAAGGCCAAAAAAACAGAGGCUGUCAAGAAAACACAGAAGAUUAACAAAGGAGUCACAAAGCGUAACAAUGACAGAGUUUGAGCAAGAAAACCCAGAAACCCACCAGUACAGAGAGAGAUACCCAGAUGACAAAGGACACAUUGGCACAGCUAAGCCAACCCAGAACAGAGAGGGGCAAAAGCAGCUUGAGUUAGUAGAUGAGAAAAGAAAGCAAGAAGAUCACUGGAGAAUGCUUGAAGCAAAAGAGAAAAGACAAAUUGCAGAAGCAGAGGAAAAAAAACAUCUGGAAGAACAAAGAUUCCAGGAAAUUGAAGAGAUGCAAAGGGAACAGGAGAGAAAGCGUUGUGAGGAAGAGAAAAGGCAGCAUCUUCUUGAGGAGGAGAAACAUUUUAAAAUAAAAGAGCAGAGGCACCAGGAGGAGAAGAAAAGACAACAAGAAGAAUGGAGACGACAGGAACUGGAGGAGCAGAAAAGACUGGAAGAACGGAGACGGCAGGAACUGGAGGGGCAGAAAAGACUGGAAGAACGGAGACAGCAGGAACUGGAGGAGCAGAAAAGACUGGAAGAAUGGAGACGGCAGGAACUGGAGGAGCAGAAAAGAUUGGAAGAAUUUAGACAACAGGAACAGCAAGAAGGGAGACAAGUGGAACUGGAGGAGCAGAAAAUAAAAGAACUGGAAGAACAAAGGUGUCAUGAGAUUGAAAAACAGCAUCAGGAGGAACAAAAAAGACAAGAAUUGGAAGAACAGAAACAAGAAUUUGAGAAAAGACAUCUUCAGGCUGAGCAGAAGCUGCAGCAGGAGGAAGAAGCUAAGAGACUGGAAGAACAAAGCCAGCAUCAGAAGGAAAAACAGAAGAGACAAGAAGAACAAACUCUACAAAAACUGGAGAAGCAAAAGACACAGGAAGAACAAAGACGACAUGAGCCAGCAGAACAAAUGCACCUGGAGAGUGAAGAGAGAGAACAACAGGGAAAAUUUAAAAUAAGGCAAGAGGAAUCAAAUGAACAAGAACUGAAAGAACAGACAGAAAUACAUGUGGAUGGACAACAGCAUCUGGAAAAGCAAGAAGAACAACAAGAGCAAGCCAUAAGACAGCAACAGGUCAAAGAAGCAGCGAGUUCUGGGGAUGCUGGUAGGGAAUCCAUGGAGAAGCAGCUUCAAGAAGAAUCAAACCAACAAAAACCAAAACAAUCACAGAAAGGGAAAGAAACAGUGCAAGAAAAGCUAACACCAAAGCAGAAGAGAGAAGUUGAAGCUCAGGAGCAGAAGAUAGGUGAAGAACUAAGAUGGCAGGAAGUAGAUGAAAGGCAAGCUAUGCACAGACCAUUCACAUUUCAAGUGUCAUCGGGAGAGAAACAGAUCAUAUUUCAGAAAGUGAAUUUGAGCCCUGUUACUCCUGUCAUAGAGGCAGCACAACAUUCUACCCUCAAAGAAUCCAAGACCCACAAAUUUAGCAAAGGUUCUACUGCACUCCCCUACUCUUUGUGUGUCCCACACACGGCUAUUUUGGUUACUGGAGCACAGCUUUGUGGCACUGCCGUAAACCUGAAUCAGAUCAAAGAUACAGCUUGUAAAUCUUUACUUGGUUUGACAGAAGAAAGAAAAAACCUGGAUAUUCCCCCACCAGAAAGCGCCCAAAAAACUACUCUUGGUCCCAAAUCUAGCCGCAGUAAAAUGAAGUAUACACAGGAGACAUUGAACAACCAGGACAUAUUAGCAGAAUGGGCUUCUAUUAGAUCCAGAAUCCUAAGGAGUGCAGAAAACAGCAAGCUAAAUGAAAAGGACAGAGUAAGUGUCUGUAGAUACAGUGAUGACUGGACACCCAAAGGACGAGGUGCUUCCCAUGGCAAUUUAAGGAAAACUCUUUCUGCAAAUGCAAAAUUUUCCAUAACACCAGCAUGGCAGAAAUUUUCAGAAACCUCAAAAGCCAAUGCAGAUGCUGAGAGUGCAAGUGGUGCAGAAGGUACAGAACCAGAGAACACAAGAAAAAAGACAGAUUCAUCCAAUGAUGCAAAUGAUGAUGUGGCUGCUCACUAUGAGACUUCAGCUUGUAAAGAUAAUGCGACUGAAAUGGCUACAAAGAGUGAAACACACUUUAUAAUGGCAAACAACACAGAAGGCUAUAAGUUUGCCAAAGAUCUUCCAUCUUUCCUUGUUCCAAGCCUCUCUCAUUCUCCAGGAAAAGAACUGCCCCAAUCAGAAUCUCCAGCUACUUUGGAAAGUCAGCAGAACACUGGUACACAAAAACUGGAUAAAACAGCACUACACGAAGAAGAAAAUAUUUCUCCAUUUGGAAUAAAGUUAAGAAGGACAAACUACUCCUUGCGUUUCCACUAUGAUCAACAGGCGGAGCAAAAGAAAAAGAAAAGAUACAGUGCAGGAGAUAGUUUUGAUGGUGUACUUGCUCCACUAGUUACAACAGAAAGUGGAAAAGAGACCAUGAAUACCGCUCUAAAAGACAAUAUAUCCCCUAGCCUAGAGAGAGAGGAUGCCACCAUUAAUGUUUUAAAAGACUCUUCAAAUAAUGUUUUGGAGAACUCAGAAACAACAGUUACACUGUUAUUCCCAUCAAUCAACAGCCAGAUUCCUUUACCUAGUCAUGAGAAACCUGUGUGUAAAUCAUCACUCCAACAGAAACCUGCAUUAGCUCCAAAGCCCGCAAACCAGACUCCGCCAUCCUCUCCUCUCUCUAAAAUGAACAGAUCAAAUUUAGCUGACACGUUAGGUCAAAGGGCGGCUAAACCUGAGUCAGACACCACCUGGAAAAAAGAAGACAGUAAAGUGAAUGUGGUGCACUCACCAGCACAGAAUGAGAACAAAAAUGAAGAGGAAGAAACCAGAGAAAAGAAGUCAUUUUUCUCAUCUAUCACCAUGCCAUGGAGAGAGAGAGCUGACAAAAAGCCUGAGCCAUUGAAAAAAGAAAAGCCAGUUCUCCAGAGCAGGCAUUCUUUAGAUGGCUCCAAAUUGAUGGAAAAAGUUGAAUCUGCACAACCGCUGUGGAUUACAUUAGCACUACAAAAGCAAAAGGGAUUUCGUGAGCAGCAAGCUACCAGAGAGGAGAGGAGACAAGCCAGAGAGGCAAAGCAGGCUGAGAAGCUCGCUAAAGAUAAUGCUGCUGUAAGCAACCAGUCAGAUAAUAAAGGCAGCAAUAUCAGCAAAACAAGUGUACUACAGAAACCUACACCUCAGGAAGACGAAAAGAAAAUUGAGAUGGGUGUGUCAAGACUAGAACGCAGAGAGCAGCUCAAAAAAUCCAAUACCCUUCCUACUUCUGUGACAGUGGAGAUUUCAGAUUCUGUUUCCAUCAAUUCCAUGAGCAAAGGAGGUUACCAAGAGAGUCUCUACUCCUGAUGCUAACCCUGUGUCAACAGAACCAGCCUGGCUGCCCUAGCCAAGAGGAAAGCAAAAGCCUGGAGUGACUGUCCGCAGUCAUUAAGUAAACUGUAACCUUUUUGCUCUUUACGUUUGUUUCUUAGUUGUUUUCCUCCUUUUUAUUGAUUCAGCGUUUUACAUAUGACAAAAGAAACUGAACAAAAUUUAAAUACAUUUCCUGAAGGAUUAAAACCGAACUGAUCACGCUUCGCUCUAGCUCACUAUAGUGUAUGCUCACAGCAUAGAUCCUUUCGCUUUGAAAAAAAACAGGUAGAGAGUGGGGCCCAGGCAUCCAGUUCGAGAUCCAAUUUCGCAAAAUUCAGGGCAGCUCAAAUGUGAGAUUUGGUUUUGCUCAGUAUAAAAAGAGGAGUCAAAACUUCAGAUCAAAAGCUCUUUAAAAUUUUGUUAGCAUUUGCAUCUGAGGUUUUGGAUCUCUAUUCUCCAUGCAGACAAAGGAAAGAUUCUGGUCACUUUGAUAUAAAAAAAAAAAUGUAAAAUGCAUGCUCCCUCCUCUUAGCCCCAAUGGUUGCUUUUGAACUCAAGGUUUCAUGCAGUUUAUUUGCAAUUUGAAAACCUCUCCCCAUCCAAGGCAUUUUGGGAGACUUCUUCCCACCUGCAAAUGAAGUGGUAGCAUCCAAUUACUGAGGCACUAUUGGGACUCAACACAAUCGCAGCUCCCUCCUCAAAAAGAGGGAAUGAGUUGCCCAUCAUUCUAGUUAACAUAGUCAUAGGGCAAACAAAAAGUGAUGGAGCAGGGAUACAAAAAGUGUUUCUCCCGUUCACUCAGAGGUAAAGUCAAUUAUUAGGCAAUCCAUGUGCUCAGAGCACACUUGCAAUGUAGGAUCCUAUUCUUAGGCCUGGUCCACACUACGCUGUUAAAUCGAUUUUAACAGCUUUAAAUCGAUUUAAUGCUGCACCCG